AACUACUUCCGGCGGGGUGACCUUGGUUGGAGACGCCAACAUGGCGGCGGUCGUCAGGCUGAGUGCGCUGUGCAGGCGCGGCCUUCAAUCACCAUUCUUAUGCAAGUCAUUGGUGGCUGGGCCUCUUAUUGCUUCAAGAAAGACCCAGGAAUCCCAUGUGCUACUCUUAUCUCGGAUUCACACAUCUCCUUGCCAUUUUGCUGGUUCCAAAGCUGCUUCUGCACACUGGACGAGUGAACGGAUAGUGAGUGUCGCCUUACUUGGCCUUUUCCCUGCUGCCUACAUCUACCCAGGAUCUGUCAUGGAUUACUCACUGGCUGCAGCAAUCACUCUCCAUGGUCACUGGGGCCUUGGGCAAAUAGUCACAGAUUACGUACACGGAGAGGCAAAAGUGAAGCUGGCCAGGAUAGGCCUCCAGAUAUUGUCAGCUGUCACUUUCGCCGGUCUAUGCUACUUCAAUUAUCAUGAUGUGGGGAUUUGUAAAGCUGUGGCAAUGCUUUGGAGCCUCUGAUAAAUAAUGACACUGUCCGUUCCACUAAACAACUUCUGGGGUUGCUCUCAUUUAAUAAGGAAAAUAGACAAAUCACAACAAUGAUUUCUUUAAGAAGCUCUGACAAAAGGGACACUUAUUUUGGAAUGUAAUUUUGCAGCCAUGUUUACAUUGAUCAUAACUGUUGCCUUAUGCCAUCCAGUCAUAACGUCAGUCUUUCGAAUGACACGUGUGGUUUACUUUUGUUCCCCUUCCCACCAUGCAUAUUUUUAUAUUAGUCAUGACCAGAGAUGGGGCUUGCUUUACGCAGUGGUCAAAAUCUGAAACCAUGUACAAAACUACAGAUAAAUUAUUAUAUAGUUUGUGCUUUACAUUUUCUACAGCGGAGUAACGGGCCAUUUUAUUCAAUAGUUUUUGUGUCUGCUCAUGCUUGUCCAGAACCUCGUCUUUACCUCACCUGGUUUAGCAUAUUCAUUUAUUCCUCCUCAUUAGUUUCUCUUCUUAAAUGGAUCAGAACUAAUCAUCAGAAUUGCACAAUGCACAAUGAAAUUUCAGGCUCGUCAUUCUCUGAGUAAUAAAAGUUAUGUAAUUAUUGGGUU